UUGACUGAAGAAAGGUUGAGACAUAUGGAAGAAUUAUAUCAACAGCAUUUGAUUGAACAACUACCUGUUUAUUAUCCGGGCAUUUCUGGAUGUAGAAGCGUUGUGGAAUUUGAAUGCCUUAAUAAAAUUUCUGAAGGUACAUUUGGUGUUGUUUAUCGUGCCAAAGAAAAGAGAACAGAUAAAAUUGUGGCUUUAAAACGAUUAAAAAUGGAAAAAGAGCAUCAAGGUUUUCCAAUCACUUCCCUCCGUGAAAUUAAUAUGCUUCUCAAAUGUGGAAAUCAUCCUAAUGUUUUGAAUGUUAGUGAGGUUGUUGUUGGCUCAAGUAUGGAUAAAAUCUAUCUAGUAAUGGAAUAUAUUGAACAUGACAUUAAAUCUUUAAUGGAAUUGAUGGAAUCUCGCAAGAAAAAAUGGACAAUUCAAUAUGUAAUUCAUCGGGAUCUGAAAACUUCCAAUCUUCUACUUUCACAUCUCGGUAUUUUAAAGAUUGGCGAUUUUGGUUUAGCGCGUGAGUUUGGGGAGCCAUUAAAGUCUUACACUCCAAUUGUUUUUUAUUCUACUCCCGUUGAUAUAUGGUCUAUUGGGUGUAUUUUUGGUGAGUUCUUGAAGUUGGAGCCUUUAUUUCCUGGAAGAACGGAAAUUGACCAAAUUCAAAGAAUUUUCAGAGACAUAGGAACUCCAAAUGAACAAACAUGGCCAGGAUGUAUGGAAUUGCCAGGAAUGAGGAAUGGUGUUUUUGUUGACACCCCUUUUAAUCAAUUACAUCGCAAAUUUAGUUCAGCAUUGCCUGAUGAUGAUGGUUAUCAAUUAUUAUUGACUUUGGAUCCAUGUAAAAGGCUAUCGGCUAAGCAAGCACUGGAAAGCAAAUGGUUCCAAAAUAAUCCAAAGCCUUUGCCACCCUCAUCCUUCCCAACGUGGCCAGCAAAGAGUGAACACAAUAAAAGACCACCAAAUGAACCUUCGGCACCGCGCAAAUCUAUUGGCGGUUUCACUCUAAAAUUCGAUCCUAUUUGA